GACCGAACACGGCAAUCACCGACAAAGGCCUUGGCAACUCCGGGCCGCGGCAACUAUUUUCUGACCACCAUUUGAUCCUCACUUUCCUUCAUCAUAGCGCUCAGCUUUCGCAAUAGGGCCUAUCUAAUCCUGCAAAAUAUGUCACGAACAGAUGCUUCCAAUCAACAGUGCUCCGUUUCUAUACCAUAUAUCCCACCGGAGAUCAUUGAUGAAAUAGUUGAUUAUCUGUGGAAUGACAAUCGCGCUCUCAUUUCCUGCUCAUCAGUCUGCCGCCUAUUCUACCCUCGGACGCGGAUGCACCUCUUUCACACCAUUGAUAUUCGACGCAGGAGCAAUACUGCUACGCGCUUCGUUGACAUGACUAAAGCUUCUCCAAACUUACUAUCAUACGUCACAGACACAAGAAUUCUCGGAACCACCGUUCAUUCAAUCCUCGCCCCUGUACUCCCGUUGAUGAUCAAUCUGACUUCGUUGAAGAUACAAUUCAUCAAACUUGCAAAAAUAUGCGAUCUUCACGCUCACGAUUUCCAACUUUUGGGACUCAAGCAGUUCUCCUUGGAUGGUUUCUACUACGACAAAGAGGGACCACCCUUCAGUCCGUCACCUACACAACGCGGACCAGCCCUUGAGAGGAUGAACCUCGUAGUCGACGGGAAUCUGCAUUUACUUCCGUCCUUCUUUCAUGCGGGACUGCGGUCGGUAUACAUCGACGCCCUGCAGUACCUAGAAGUGGACAAACCCGCAGAGAAGGAUUUGCGUGUUCUAUCCGAACUUACACGUGCUGCAGGCUCGCUGAAGCAUCUGCGACUGUUGGAGGUUCAGUGGGAUGUACGUCAUUGGCCCGAUCCUCCUACGCUUGCUUUAACGGGCUUAGAAACGUUGUCCAUGGAAAUAUGGUAUAAAGACGAUCUGGCGAGGAUUGACUUGUGCCUAUUGAGAUGGCUGAUCAUUUCGCUUUCUUCCAUGGACGAAGUUUCGUCGCUCCAGUCUCUCGAGCUAAAGCUUAAAUGCUGGGAAGAUAGUGAGCUCCAGGAAGUAGACGAAAUGUGGUUAUUGUGGAUGCAGCUGGACGUCGUUUUAAGCCGCCCCAAUCUUUCGCGGUUGCACCAGCUGACGAUCAAGAUAUCGGGCGAGGAAACUACCGAAGAAGGGCUUCUCUAUGCUCAGACCUUGACCAAUCACAGGUUUCCGCUGGCGCAGGAAAGAGGCAUUCUCAUGGUUUGCACAGACGACGAAGAUUGAUAUUGACCUUGUUCUGUAUUGGGAUAAUCUGAAUGCUUCGUUUCGCAUGUCGAAGACCCGGGUAUCUUGCGUACCCUCUUCGCUAAGCUUGGCGUCCGUAAUGCCUCCAAUCUGCAACGUCAAACUCCGCCUUUUGCACCGUAAAGUGAGAUCUCCUAGUAAUCCAAUCCUAACCCUACUCGAGUUUGUAGCCAUUAUGUCGCGCGAUAUUUGAUGUCAGCCUCUAUUCGUCGUCAGAU